CGAACGAGUUCGCUCCGCGUAUAUAUAAAAGUUUCAUAUCUCUUGCAUUCGUCCUGCGUCUCUUCCUGAAUUGUUUCUUUCUCUCUCAUGAUUCGACUUUUAUAAGGACUAGCAACAGGACGAGGGAUAAUCAUCACAAGCGACAUGUGAAGAUAUCGCUGCGAAAAGGAAGACGGUUUUUAGUGACGUAUUCUUGACAAAAAAAACUUUGUCCGCAAAAAAAGGACGUAAAACAAAUUGAAUGAAGAUUGCAAUAAUUGAAGUAGCCCCAGUUGUACUAAUAUCUUCUAAUAUCUUUGGGAGACAGCUGCUUUUUUCAAAUGGAGGUCCAGCAACAAUUGAAGGAAGAGAUCGGCAGUCCACCGCCGUUCUCGCCUCCGAUCAUGAAGAAAUCCGAUACGAGGGACAGCAUCUCCUCGGUCGACAGUGACGUCAGCCUUUCGUUUGACAGGAGAGGAUCGAAAAGCGAAGAGGCCGAUUUGUCCGAUUACGACAGCGAGAUCAAGCCCGUGAAGGACGUCGAUAUCGAUCAGGAUUCUGGCGCGGACAUCGGAGACGAGAAGCAAAAAGAAGCAGACGUAUUCGCGUCCGAAACUCCGACAGUUGAUGACAAAACAACCAAUUCCGUUGAGUUGACUGACGAGUUGGCCGACAAGAUAUGCGCACAGGUAGAAUUUUACUUCUCCGACGAGAAUAUCCUGAAGGAUGCCUUUCUGCUGAAACACGUGAGGAGAAACAAGGAGGGCUACGUGUCCUUAAAGUUGAUAUCCAGCUUCAAGAGGGUGAAACAUCUCAGCAAGGAUUGGAAGGUAGUUGGAGCGGCCUUAGCGAGAUCUAAAAAAAUCAAAGUCAAUCCGGAAGGAACGAAACUGCGCAGAGUGGAUCCCUUGCCUCCUUUCGACCAAACGGCGCCUUCCAGAACAAUCUUGGCGGCCAGGCUGCCAAUAGAGAAGCUUACGAUCGAAUCUGUCGCCGAAAUUUUUAAGACCUGCGGCGAAAUAGCGUUCAUAAGAGUUCUCCGACCCGGACAUCCCGUUCCUUCUGAGGUGCGACAAGCGAUUUCCAAAAGACCGGAACUGUCAUCCAGCGAGGAGUGCGCCCUGAUCGAGUUUACCGAUUCGACUUCCGCACGUAUCGCCACGCAAAUGGCUUUGAGCAACGCCAAAAUAUUCGAAUUACAUCAGUCGGCUGACAAAAAGAAGAAGUACCAAACGAAGAAAGGUGUUCUCGGUAAAGUGACGAAGGAGGAAAAUUAUAAUUCGUCCAGUUGCCCCAGUGGUUCCGAACCUGAGGAUGGAAGAGUAAAACACAGGAAAAGCGUUCAAGGAUGUCCGAUGUAUCACAUUCAUACGGGUUAUCCCUUCCAAGGAUCACCAUCAGAUGCGUGGUUAUCGCGCAAGUUCUCUUCCUGCUCUAUAUCCAGUUCCGAAAACGGUUUCAUGUUCCGGCGUCUGUCAUCGUGUUCCGGGUCCAGUUCGGACUCCGGCAGGCGCUAUUCCACAAGUUCAUCCGGCUCCGAGGCAGCUUUCUUCCAUCCGGGCUACUCGAACAACUUCUAUCAUCACGACAAUCGCCGUUACUCUUGUUGCUCUACCACCGGUUCUCCCAUAGAGUGCGGAAGGGGCUGCGUCGCGGAUCGUCGUGGUUCGGCCGACUACGGCCCAUUUGUGAGAAGAUUGUCCACGUGUAGCCGCGAUUCCGGUUACAAUGUAAACGUCAGGAGGAUGUCUUUGUGUUCUUCCAACUCGGAACAGAACGGAUUUUGCCGAUCGAGAGGUAACAACAUCGCGAUGACUCAUUUGCCCGAAAACGUGACGAGAAUGCCGUCAGGACCCGAUGGCACUCGCGGUUUCUUCGGUCGUUCCAUGCGAAUGCCAAUAGAACAUUCUUGUUAAACACACACGUGAGAUUUAAGUACAUCGUUGUUGUAGUGAUAGCGUUGCACAAUAUUAUUUUAAUUAUUAAGAUAAACGCACAAUCAAAACGAUGCUGUUCUUGAACAAAAAAAAAGUAUUGUGUCAUUACUAUUUUUUACGAUUCAUAUUUUGCUUCCUCUCCGGUUUGUGUUCGCUCGCAACAGCAAAACCGAUAAUAAAAGAACACAUGUGAUAAUAUAUCUAUAGAAUAGAUUGCAACAGUGAAAUAAAUAAAACGAGAUAAGAGAUUAAAUAAAAGUUAAAUAAGUAAAAACCGAUUUUUUUAGACGACGCACAAUUGAGAAUAUAUAAAUAUGUUAAAAUAUACAGAUAUGAUAAGAAUAUAUCUGACGUUUUUUUUUUUACACAUGUAUGAG